CAUACUUCAAACAAAGAUGGCGGACGAAAUGGAAGUCGAUCGAGAGGCAGCGAAAAAGCCAGAGAAAAUGUUUACCCUGAAAAAAUGGAACUUAGUUGCUAUGUGGAGUUGGGAUGUAGAAUGCGACACGUGUGCAAUCUGUCGGGUACAAGUUAUGGAUGCUUGUCUACGAUGCCAGUCUGAGAAUAAGCAAGAUGAUUGUGUUGUUGUAUGGGGAGAAUGUAACCAUUCAUUUCACCUUUGCUGUAUGACUUUGUGGGUAAAGCAGAACAAGCGCUGUCCACUGUGCCAACAGGACUGGGAAGUUCAGAGGAUCGGCAAGUAGGGUGCUUAUGGAACACAUGUUUGCGGUAACAUUUUAUGCGGAGAACAUGGUUCACCUGAAUACAGACAAGAUUGUGGGAUAGAAACUGCAUGGAUUUAUUGUGGUACAUCAAAUGGACAGUGGUCUUGAUGUGCUUCAGAAAUGUUUGAAGAACUUCAACCACAGACUUGGUGUGCAAGAAUGAACAUUACAAAACACCUGUUAACUUGCAUCUCAAAUGAGUGAUGAGUACUGGUCUUUUGUUGGUUAGAUUAUGAUUCUUUCAUAUUUAAUUAAAUACCAAAGUAAGAAGUUUGAACGCCCAUUCCCCCUCGAUCCUGCUCAGAUGAUUUUACAGAAGGGUCUUAUAGACGGGAAAUUCCGACGGUUCCAUCUGUAGACAGAGAAAAAGGUUUUCACUGGUCAACAAAGCAAUCCCUCCAAGCAUCAUUAAUCUCAAUGGUGUUGGAUCAGGAUGUUGAUUUCAUAAGACUGAUAAUAUGCCACUGUUGUAACAGAGGGAAGGUUUUUUUGUAUAUUGAGAUAUAUAUAUUGUUAGAUCUCAUUCAAGCAAAAAGUACAGUACCUGGACAAUUCUCUGGGAAAAUAAGGUGAAUGAGAUUACUUCAAGAUUUCAAGAUAAAAUAUUUGAAAACUUUACCUUGUAAUACAGUUAAUGUGUACUUCUAAACAAUUAGAUGCAGUAUAUUUAUUAAUUGUUUACUCCUUUACUUCGAUUUUUAAUUUGUUUUUAAUUGAAGACAACUUCUGGCGUUAUGUUAAUUUAUUUAGACAGGAGAUGAAGGCCAGCAUAAUUUUGUAAGUAAGGUUAAUCAGUUGUGAGAUGAGAACUAUCAUUAUUUAUUAGUUUGAUGUAACAGAUGGAAGAUGUUACAGACGUAAUUAUUUUUACAAUGUCUUGGCUGGGGGUCAAACCCAGAAUGCCUGGUUUACUUACCCAAUCACCUUGCUUAAACAUUUCUGGAAUAACAGUUGUUUUCCUUAAAGUAAUUGUGAAAGUUCUGUAGAAUAAUAGAAUUAUCAAGAUUCCUCCGUGGUUCAAAUUUCUAGUAAGGUAGCAGGAACCCAUUUGACUUCCUUUUCCUUGUAUGUUGUAAGCAUCGUUUUAAUAAUUGUGUAUAUAUAUCGAGAAAUUUAUUAAAAAAAAAUGUCUAGUUAA